UGGGGCCAUGAUUUCCGUCCAGAUUACAAAAAUCUUGGUAUUUUAAAGACUCAGUUUCCUAAUGUUCCUGUGGUUGCUCUUACAGCAACCGCAACAAAGAAAGUACAGGAUGAUUUGAUGGAGAUGCUUCAUAUUCCUAGAUGUGUUAAGUUUGUUAGUUCAGUGAACAGACCCAAUCUUUAUUACAUGGUGCGUGAGAAGUCAUCUGUAGGGAAGACAGUGGUUGAUGAAAUUGCUGAAUAUAUUCGAACAUCAUAUCCAAAUAAUGAAUCUGGGAUAGUUUAUUGCUUCUCCAGGAAGGAGUGUGAACAGGUUGCACAAGAAUUGCGGGAGAGGGGAAUUUCAACUGAUCACUAUCACGCCGAUAUGGAUGUAAAUGCUCGUGAGAAAGUACAUCUAAGGUGGAGUAGUGGAAAGUUGCAGGUGAUUGUUGGUACGGUGGCAUUUGGUAUGGGAAUUAACAAACCAGAUGUCAGAUUUGUCGUCCAUCACAGCUUGAGCAAAUCAAUGGAGACUUACUACCAGGAAAGUGGUCGAGCUGGUAGGGAUGGACUUCCUUCUGAAUGUGUUCUUUUCUUUAGACCUGCUGAUGUUCCUAGGCAGAGUUCUAUGGUCUUCUACGAGAAUUCUGGAUUGAAAAAUCUGUAUGACAUAGUACGUUAUUGUCAGUCUAAAAGAGAGUGCCGUCGAAGUGCUUUCUUCCGACAUUUUGCUGAGUCUUUACAAGAAUGUAACGGAAUGUGUGACAACUGUGCCUUUUCAAAUGAGGUGAAAGAGCUGGAUGUCUCAAGUACGUUGUGUUGACUUUAAUAGUCAUACCAAUCUUCUUUUUAUGUUUAUGA